GCUACCUGUGCUCCCCGCGGGCCCGCGGCUCUGCGUUCCCAUGGCGACCGUAUCGUCUCUCGGGUCGGAACCUGGGCUCCGGACGCCAAGGGCUGACCUCGCGGGCAGUCUAGCUUCAGCGCGGCACCGUUGUGGUGCCGGGACCGAGGUCGGCUGGGGCCGGGACGCUGACGCCGCGCGAGGAAGCCGCGCCGCCUGGCAGAGGGAGCGGGGAAGGCUGGUUCCGGCGCGCCAGGAAGAAGAUGCAAGCCAGCCCGAUUCGUAUCCCAACUGUUAGCAAUGACAUCGACUGGGACUUCUGCUUCCAUCUGUCACAGCAAACUGAGAUCCCAGCACAUCAACAGACAGAUGAGUUGUAUUCCUCUGGUGGGUCUGGAGAGAGUGAAGAAGAAACUAAAGACAAGGAUGAGGAGAAGGCCAUAGACUGUAUAUUUCUUCCUAAAGACAAAUUAGCUCAAUCUCAGAAGAAAAUUGCUCAACUGAUUAAGGAAAAAAUGAAUACCCAAGCAAACAAGGAGCUGAUUCGAUGUGUCAUCCUUUCUCGGAUUAUUUUUGGGGAAGAUCACUGGAAAUGUGCACAGGCUUUGGCCAGCCUAGCUUAUGGCUACCUGACAUUGAGAGGCCUCCCAGUCCAGGCUAAGAAACAUGCUGAGUCUGCGAAGAACACACUGUUGACCUGGAAGGCAAACAUGACCUCAGACAAGGAGAAAAAGGAAAUCCUGGAAGCUCUGGUCAUGCUGUACUAUACUCUGGGGGUGGCCUGGCUCCUGCAGAACCAUGGCAGAGAGGCCUAUUUCAACCUGCAGAAGGCAGAGAGAAACAUGAAGGAACUGAAAGAAUUUCGUAAGGGAGGCGUUUGUGGAUUGCAAGUGUCAGAGAAAGACCUAACAAUUGCUUUGGGCAGAGCCUCCUUGGCCAUCCACAGGCUGAACCUAGGUCUGGCAUACUUUGAAAAGGCAAUUGGCGAUGUUAUUGCUGCCAAGGGUGAUAGGACAUCAGAUCUGAUUAGUCUAUAUGAAGAAAUUGCUCAGAUCGAGCAGCUGAGGAGGAACCACGACCAAGCCAUCCAGUACUUGCAGCAGGCUUAUUCUAUCUGUGUUUCUGUGUUCACUGAAGUCAGCCCUAAAACUGCAGAGACGAGCGCUUUACUUGCCAAAGCUUAUGCCAUGUCUGGAGAGGCCCAGCACAGGGAUGCUGUUGAGAUAUAUUUUAUAAAAAGUAUCAGUGCAUAUCAAGCAACACUGGGCUCAAAGGAUUUUGAAACACUGAGCACCAUUGAAGAAUUUUGCAAAUGGCUUGUCCAAAAUGGGGAAAAACAGGAGGCUUACAGACUACUUAAGGCUUCAUUGAAGUCCCAGAUCAACAGCUACGGUGACUAUAGUGAAAAAGUGGCUGAAACGCUCUAUAACAUGGGCAGGAUCUGCUUUGCUGAAGGAGAGCUUGGAAAGGCAAUUCAGCUGCUAAGGAAGUGUCUGAUGAUUCAAAUCCUUGUGUAUGGAAGUGAACACAGUAAAAGCAGAGAGACAAAAAACCUCCUUACCCUGUUGCAGAGGGCAAGUAACAAUUUAUCCCGAUGGAGAAGAGAAGAAGCCAUUCUGAGAAGAAGGAACUCUAUAUGCAAAGGCACAGAGGCGUGACAGAGGGCAGAGUAUCACAGGAAUGGUCUUCUAUUAUCAGUAAAUAGAAAACAUCUAUACAAGAUAGCCAACAAUAAAAGGCAACCUUGUUAAUAAUUCUGGAACACAAAAUAUGUUUACCAACACUGAUAGCAAUGGCAGAUCAAAAGCAGAAGAACAGUUUUGCACUAAGGACUUUGGAAAAAAAAGAUCCACUUAGCAGCAGCAUUACAGGUAAAAUACCCAAGAACCAUUAGAAACCAGGAUUCUUCUCUAUUAACUUAGGGGAAAGAAAUCUUUUAGACACAUGCUUUAAGUUAUAGUUUCUUAUGUCACUGGGACACCAUUACCUUCUAUUUCCCUUUUUCUAACUCAAAUUCUAUUCCUUUCAGUUCUGAUUUUUAAAAAAAAAAAAUUACAAUAACUAAGCAGUUUAAUUGGUGAACAUUUUAAUGUACUAUAAUUGACCCUUGAACAACAUGGGGGUUAGGAGCACCAACGCCUCAUGCAUUCAAAAUCUGCAUAUUACUGUGGAUUUCCCAAAAAUUUUACUAAUAGCCUGCCGUUGACCGGAAGCUUUACCGAUAACAUAGUUGAUUAACACAUGAUUUAUGUUUUAUGUAUUACAUACUGUAUUCUUACAAUGAAGUUAGAGAAAAUGAUAUU